UGGUGAAGUGUGGCACUCAGCAGAUCAGAGUACCACUCCACUGUGUGUGACUUUUUCAGUGUUUUGUGGACUUGUUUGUCAACCUGUUGUUUCGUUUUGUGACUCAAAUUAAUCAUGUUCCUUUCUACUCGUACUCAUUGUGGCAUUCUAUGGUUUUGAGGUGGACAGGCGAGAUCUGGAGAGCUAGAAUUUAGGAUUUCUGAAUGUGAAAUGACCUGCAAUUGGCGGGCAGGCGAGAUCGAGGGCUAGAUUUGAGGAUUUCUGCAUGUGGACAACGAGAAGGCAGGGAGUAGCAGGAAUGCCACUACUAGGUAUCAAGUCCUCUCCUUCACUGAUCUCAAGCAGACCCCGCUCCCCUGGAUGUCAUUGCAACUACGGGCUGAUUUUGUUCUGCGCAGUCACCGCCUCUCUCCUAGUUUUUCUGCGUACCAAUAGCUCGAAACCAUCUGCUUCUGGGCAUGAAAGCAGCUUCGUAGAUUAUUCGUUUCGGCGGGGGCCUAAAGAAUCCCCUGUUUCUCCGUCGCUGCAGCCUGUUCCAAACAUCCGCGAGUCGAAUGCAAGAAUCCUCCCGCCCGAUCUCUUCUCGCGGAAAGCUCCGCCCAAUGUUGCCCAUUCUGACAUUAGUGUGCUGUUUGUCACCAAGACCAAACCGACAAACUAUGAGCGUCGUUCACUGUCCAGACAGGGUUGGCAGUCCAGAGCAAGACAGGACUCUGUCUGCUGGUGUGUUUUGAAUCACACAGAGCUCUGUGGUCAUGGAAACGAGGUGUGCCAGUACAGAUCGCUACGUUGGUCGCAGCGAUUUGCUGUGGGCGGUCACUCUGUGCCAGCAGAAGUCGUGAAUGAGAUCGCCACCAAAUCCGAUUUCCUGCUGUACCCCGGCGUGGAUUCGUAUAGUCAUCUGACUUGGAAAGUACUAUGGAUACUGAAGUACGCUACCCAGCGCGUUGAAUUCAACUACCUGAUACUGCUGGAUGAUGACUGCUUCGUGCAGCUGUGGCGAGUAUACGAUUACCUGAGCACAGCGCCGAGAAAGCGCCUCUACGCGGGCCACGUCGAUCCAGGUCCGGUGAGCGUGUCGCGCAGCACGCGCAGCCGCUGGCAGGUCAGCGUACAGCAGUACGAGGAGCCAAACUACCCCCAGUACGCCUGGGGCGCGGGCCUUAUUCUCAGUCGAGACGUGGCGUCGCUGACAGUGUCCACGGCGGAGCACUGGAAACGGCCGUGGUUCGGUGUGGACGACGCGUUCAUGGGCGUACUGCUCAACUCAUCCGGUGUGCCGGUGGUGGACAUUGAGCAGAUCUACACGGCUGGCUGGCACAAGACACUGGGCUGCCGCACAGACUACUCACUACGCAGCACUCAGCCUCUCAUUGUUGCGGGCAGCAAUGACGAAAUGCUGUAUUUUAUCGAUGCGGCAACGCGAAAGAUCUCACUGUGCACAGUUAUGGAUGGCCCGCUGCGUGACCUUGCCAUUCUUGUCACGUCCAGCUUCUUCCCAUGGGCAAUUGCCUGUGCGUUGGUGGCGGUCAUUGUAGUGUGUGUUUACAUUAGUAGAAUCAGUACUGCUCGCUAGAGUGAACAUUUAGGAACGAACUGAUCGACUGCUGUUGCGUCUUGAAGCUUGAGAAUGUGGAGUUAGCCCCAGGCCUCUCUCUCUCUCUCCUCUCUCUCUCUCUCUCUCUCUCUCUCUCUCUCUCUCUCUCUCUCUCUCUCUCUCUCUCUCUCUCUCUCUCUCUUCCUCUGUUGCACUCACAUGCAACCUUGAGUACCCUAGUCAACUGCACGCAAGGCAUGGGAUGUGCGAGCCGGUUCUAUUUUUAACCUUCAGUUGCGAGCCUUGUUGAUCAAGGUACAGCAUAAUCACACGUCUGUUUGAGGUAAACGAAAAAUAGAACAAACACAUCAGAUCGUAACGGGCGUGUCGGAGAAAGGAGUUUCAACAAUGCGAUGAAAAGAAUGCGAUGAAUAGAACAAUUGUUGCCGACAUAAUACCAAAUCAGAUCCUAUUUAUAUUUAGUAUUAAUUUUUAUCCAUUAGAAUAUACUUAGCUUUUAGGGUUUGCUUCCCGAGAUCAGGUAUAUGUACUCGCACUUUGCUUACAUCCUGCAGCUAUUAUGUGUUCAGAGAUUUUUCACAAUACAGCAUUACAAUGAUGAACAGUGUCUACUUUUUUUUUUAGGGUGUUUCAAUUUGUGCAUUGCGGGCUUGCUGUUUGUUUGCCUUGUUUUUAUAACGGCAUUGCUUGCUGCUUGGUCUAGGUGACUAUCAAUCUCGUGUAUUUGUGCUCUUGUGCACUGUGGGUUUGA